AGCAAUCGUUGUCCGACGGAGCACAACGAGGGACUCGUUUAGGAGGGAAGGGGGUCAUUUCGUCAAGGUCAAGUGACUCACCAAGGCCAGAUGUCCGUGGACACAUCUUUGGCGGCGAUACGGAGCAAGUAUUCCAGGGACCGUCAUUGCAUCGCUCUUCCACAUGCUCCGUACGUGCUGCCCGUAAACGCCGGAGGCGCACAGCCCAGCUGCUGGGUCAUGGCCACCGCCUGGGCCCCUGACUCACACUGGCUGCCCAGCUCACUUCCUUUCCAGCAUUUCGCUCAUGCUCUCCCUUCUUAUCGAGAUCGUCAUGCAGGCUUUGCGAUAGCAGGGAAUGAGUCAGGGUCUCCAUGCCAUCGACCAGGAGGUGCCCGUAAACGUAAAAAGAUACACGCAAAAAAAAUCGCGCCUGAAAAAUUCUUAUUUAGGCGCAGACGAAUCUGUGGCUCAAAUAUUUCACGCGAAGAGAAAGUGGCGACGACGAGAAAGCUGAAGGCGUAGCCUGCCAGGCAUUCGGUUUGGGAAGAUCGACGCAGCCAGCACUUCGCUGCAGCGCAGGAUAAGGACGCACUCUUCCUAUCCUCAAGAUGACGCUCCUUUCGGCUGUCGCCUGCCAUCUUACGACCACAAAAAAGCCAGCUUGAAGUUUGUCACUAAAGUGGAAUUAUCAGAUCCAUAAAUAGUGACCUCGUAUUCUCGGACGCACCCAUAGACCGGAGCGAGCAAAGAUGGCGAGCGCCGCGAUGGUCGUGUACUGCUUCGACACGCUGCAGUCGCACUUUGAACAGGGCGCCGAGCCCACGCCACGCUUCGAUGUGCAUCAGGAAUAGUGCGUCCUCCGACUGCCUUGCCAUACGCAUGCAAAGUAAAAUAUUUUCAGUUUCUAAAGCAUUGUGCUCUAUUUGUGCCAGUCCGCUUUUCGUGACGUGGGAGAUCGAGGAAUACGGCGGUACUCACCUGCGCGGCUGCAUCGGCACGCUGACGCCCACACGGCUGCGCAACCUGCGCGACUUCACGCUCAAGAGCGCGCUGCGUGACCACCGCUUCGACCCCAUCGAACCGCAGGAACUGCAGCGCCUGCACUGUUCCGUGUCGCUGCUCCUCGACUAUAAGGGCGCCGAAAGCUACGACGACUGGGAGAUUGGCACGCACGGGAUCAUUAUCAACUUCAACGACUCGCGCGGCAACGAGUUCAGUGCCACGUAUUUACCGCAAGUAGCGCGGGAACAGGGCUGGAACCAUGUCGAGACGGUCACGUCACUCAUGCGAAAGGCAGGCUACCGUCGCAGCGUCUCUGAAGAUAUGCUGAAGACCGUCAAGGUCACGCGCUACCGCAGCUCCAUCCACAAGCUCACGUACCGGCAGUAUCUCUCCAUCAAACAAGAGAUACUGGACAUUGCGUGAGCUUCUCGCUCGCUAACUGCACGUUUAUAUUGGUGCUCUAACCGCGAAUGAGUUACCGCAUUUAAUGAAGUUGGAAUUUGCAUGUUUCGGAGCAUCAUUCACGCU